GGGAACCGAUUAGUCGAAGUGCAACUACAGCCGCCAGCGGACGUGGACGUGGGCGCUGAAUAAACUUUCAUAAGCAAUCCGUAUUCAAGUGACAUCACCAUGAGGUCAUCGUGUCAGCUGUUGACCCUGGCUGUUCUGCUGGCCAUCUGCUGUUUGGUCCAGGGACAAUUCAAGACCUCCGGCAUCAAGACGCGACAGCCGCCAUCGGGAAACCUCCAGCUUGCUGGAAACAGUAGUGAGUUCACCCAGAGCGGCUUCGAAUGGAGCAGCUACAACGAGAGCAACUAUGGCUGGAACAGCCAGAACCAUGUGGGCCAGGAAUCCAGAGGAUAUGUGCCUGCCGAGACAUACCAACCCUCCACCCUGCCUCCACUUUAUGGACACUAUGUGCAGGCGGUGACUCCGCCGGCUCAUCGGGCCCAAGUCCUCGACGAAACGGCCCUGUUCAUCAACAAAACCCGAUCUGGAAUGGCCAGCGGGGUGUGCUUCAAGGAUGUUCCAACCGCCUCGCUCCUCCGCAGCUCCCGGGAUAAGUUUGUGGGCAACGGGACCACUCCGGACAUGAGUCGCAUCCAAGUUUGCUGCGAGGGCUACGAGCGGAACCCGCACAUUUACCGCCGCUGCGAGCCGAUUUGCGCCGAUGAUUGCCACAACGGAAUCUGCACGGCUCCGAACACCUGUGUUUGCAUCCCUGGUCAUGUUCGUACCUCCGAGGGCAAGUGCAUCUCCACCUGCCCCCUGGGCUGUGGCAAUGGGGUGUGCGAUGACAGGAACGAGUGCAAGUGUCGCGAGGGAUAUUCCCUGGAGCCGGAGAGCCGUAAGUACUGCCAGCCGGAGUGCAAUCCUGGCUGCUCCUUCGGACGCUGUGUGGCGCCCAACAAGUGCGCCUGCCUCGAGGGAUACCGCCUGGCCGCCGACGGAUCCUGCGAACCGGUCUGCGGCAGCUGCGAGAACGGCAGGUGCACGGCUCCAGGGCACUGCAACUGCAACGGCGGCUACCUCAAGCUCCAAGGUCGCUGUGAGCCCAUCUGCUCCAUACCCUGCAAGAACGGACGCUGCAUUGGCCCGGACAUCUGUGAGUGCACUUCCGGCUUCGAGUGGGACCGGAAAUCGGGCGAGUGUCUGCCGAAGUGUGACAUGCCUUGCCUCAACGGCAUAUGUGUGGGCAACAACCAGUGCGAGUGCAAGACAGGAUAUGUGAAGGACGAGCACCAGCGGAACAUCUGCCAGCCCCACUGCCCCCAGGGAUGCCUGAAUGGCUUCUGCAGUGCCCCCAAUUUUUGCAUCUGCAGGCCGGGCUUCAUCAAGAGCGGCAUCAAGGGACGCCAGACCUGCCAAGCAGUCUAAGUUGGACCUGAAAUUUUUAUUGUUUCCUUUAAGAUCAAAAAUCAAAUAGACGUCCGAUCAGGGCAUUGAACUCGUA